CACUUUUUAGGUCAGGUCAAGUCCCACAUUUUUUCGUCAGGUCGUGCCCCACUUUUUUCGUCAAAUGAUGUCCAAUUUUUUUUCGUCAGGUCGUGUCCCACUUUAGUCGUCAGGUCCUGUCCAACUCUUUUUUGUCAGGUCGUGUCUGACUUUUUUCGUCAGCUCAUGUCCCACUUUUUUCUUCCGGUCGUCUCCCACUUUAUUUCAUCUGGUCAUGUCCCAUUUCAUUUCGCCAGGUCGUGUCCCACUUUAUUUCUUCAGGUCGUGUCCCACUUUAGUCUUCAGGUCCUGUCCAACUCUUUUUCGUCCGAUCGUGUCCCACUUUAUUUCGUCUGGUCAUGUCCCAUUUCAUUUCGCCAGAUUGUGUCCCACUUUUUUCGUCAGGUCGUGCCCAACUUUAUGUCGUCAGGUCGUGUUCCACUUUGUUUCGUCUGGUGAUGUCCCAUUCCAUUUCGUCAGGUCGUGUCCCACUUUUUUGUCAGGGCCUAUCCCACUUUAGACCGCAAGCUCGAGUGCCAUUUCAUUUCGGACGGUCGUGUCCCACUUUUUUCGUCAGAUCCUGUCCCACUUUAUUUCGUCAGGUCGAGUCCCACUUUUUCUGUCAGGUGGUGUCCCACUUUUUCGUCAGGCCAUAUCAGACUUUAGACCGCAAGCUCGUAUCCAUUUCAUUUCGUCUGGUCGUGUCCCACUUUUUUCGUCAGAUCCUGUCCCAUUCCAUUUCGUCAGGUCGAGUCCCAGUUUUUCUGUCAGGUGGUGUCCCACUUUUUUUCGUCAGGUCGUGUCCCACUUUUUUCGUCCGGUCGUGUCCCACUUCAUUUCAUCUGGUCAUGUACCAUUUCAUUUCGCCAGGUUGUGUCCUACUUUUUUCGUCAGAUCUUGCCCCACUUUAUGUCGUCAGGUCGUGUUAA